GCUUUGGAGAGCCGUUGCCGACCGGCAGCUGGAAGAGGCCGAGACCGCUGUCCGCGAAGCCUCCUUGCGGAGAUUGGAGACCGAGGUGCGCCUGUUGAACACCGAACUCCAGGACAUGCAGCAGGAAGGCACACAACUUCGGCUCCGAGCGCAGACCGCCGAGGCCAUGGUGUCUGCGCUGAUGCAAGAGAACCAGGCCUUGGUAGAGCAGUUGAGGCCAAAGCACUAA